AGCAGCCAGCAUCAACACAAAGCCUCAGUGUCACUCAGGAGGGAAGUCUGACUCUUCGUUUCAUACGGACACUCGUGAAAAGCAGCAGCACUCACUGUGGCUGUUUGUCCACAGGACCAGGAGAGUCCACUUUCCACCAUCUCUCUGACAGCUCCCAGCACUUUGCUCAUCUGUUCCUGAAUCUGUUUCCAGCAGACAUGUCUGCAGCCAGCAACCUGCGAUCUGGAAACCAGUUCCUGUGCUCCAUCUGUCUGGAUGUGUUCACUGAUCCAGUCACCAUACCAUGUGGACACAACUUCUGCAAACUCUGCAUCACUCAGCAGUGGGACAUGAAUGUCCCGUCCCAGUGUCCCCUGUGUAAAGAGGUUUUCCACAUAAAACCAGAGCUGAGUGUCAAUACUUUCAUCUCUGAGAUGGUGGCUCAGUUCAGACAGGAAGCUCAACAGGAAGCCAGCAGCAGCAGCUCAGAGCAACAAGUUUCCAAACCAGGAGAAGUUCCCUGUGACGUCUGCACUGGAACCAAACUGAAGGCCCUGAAGUCCUGCCUGGUGUGUCUGACCUCCUACUGUGAGACUCACCUGGAGCCUCAUCUGACGGCUUCAGGUCUGAAAAGACAUCAGCUGAUGGACCCUGUGGACAACCUGGAAGACAGGAUGUGUAGGAAGCACGACAAACCUCUGGAUCUGUUCUGUAAGACCGACCAGACAUGUGUCUGCGUGCUCUGCUCUGUGUUAGACCACAAGACACAUGAGUUUGUUCCUGUGAAAGAAGAAUAUGAAGGAAAGAAGGCAGAGCUGGGGAAGACAGAGGCUGAGAUUCAGCAGAUGAUCCAGGAGAGACGACUGAAGAUUCAGGAGAUCAAACAGUCAGUGGACUUCAGCAAGGAAAAGGCAGAGAGUAAGAUCGCAGAAGGUGUUCGAGUCUUCACAGCUCUCAUGGAGUCUGUUCAGAGAAGCUUGAAUAAGCUCAUUGAGGAGAUGGAAGAGAAACAGAAAAGCACAGAGAAACAGGCUGAAGGCUUCAUCACAGAGCUGGAACAGGAAAUCUGGGAGCUGAAGAAGAGAAGCUCUGAGGUGGAGCAGCUCUCACUCUCUGAAGACCACCUCCACCUCCUCCAAAACUUCACAUCCCUGAAAGCUGCUCCACCCACCAAGGACUGGACAGAGGUCAGAGUCCGUCCACCAUCAUAUGAGGGGACUGUGGUGAAAGCUGUGGCUCAGCUGGAGGAGACGCUCAGUCAAGACAUGAAGAAGCUGUUUGCUGAGGCUGAGCUGAAGAGGGUCCAGCAGUAUGCAGUGGAUGUGACUCUUGAUCCUGACACAGCUCAUCCUCAUCUCAUCCUGUCUGAUGAUGGGAAACAAGUAAAUCAUGGUGAUGUGAAGAAGAAGCUCCCAGACAAUCCAGAGAGAUUUUCUUAUUGUGUUUUUGUCUUAGGAAAGCAGAGUUUCUCUUCAGGCAGAUUUUACUUUGAGGUUCAGGUUAAAGAGAAGCCGAAAUGGAAUUUAGGAGUGGCCAGAGAGUCGAUCAACAGGAAGGGAAAAAUCACACUGACUCCUCAGAAUGGUUACUGGACUAUAUGGUUGAGAAAUGGAAAUGAGUACAAAGCUUUUGUUGACUCCUCAGUCCGUCUGUCUCUGAAGUCUCAGCCUGAGAAUGUGGGGGUGUUUGUGGAUUAUGAGGAGGGUCUGGUCUCCUUUUAUGACGUAGAUGCUGCAGCUCUCAUCUUCUCCUUUACUGGCUGCUCCUUCACUGAGAAACUCUACCCAUACUUCAGUCCUGGUCUAAAUGAUGAUGAUAAAAACUCCGCCCCUCUGAUCAUCUGCCAGUAAACUCACGACUUAUUCUAUGAACUGAUUCUUUUUUAUUCCAGGAGACAAACUUAGAUUUUUUCUUCUGAAGAACCUGAUUACUGUGGUGACUGAUUUACACUUUAUUAUAUGAUUCUUAUAUGUGUCCCAUUACACAGGUAACACAUUAAUGUGAUGCUUUCAGGUCGUCAGUCCAGGACAUGAGACGAUGCAAAACAGUCAGACGUUCUUACGACAUGUAAAUGUGCAGCCAAAGAAAAUAUGUUGACUGUACAUUGAACAGAGAAUCCAGAAUGUGUCAUCGUUACACCAGCAGUAAACGCUCACUCACCAAAUGCUAAUGACUGGUUAAUUACUCUUAGUGUUUGGACCAGUAUACUCCUAAGAAAUAAGUAGUUAAACAGUGUACAGAUGUUAGUUCAAUGUGUGUGUUCUGCCCUCUGGUUAAAUAUGGGAUUUGCCCUUUGAUUUAGUUCAUUAGAAUUAAAAAAGCUCAUAAUUAAUUUCGUGUUAAAACAUUAUUUACAGCUGAAACACAGAAAAAAGACUGUAUCACAUUAUUUUUUAAGUUAAUUCAUGAUUCAAGACUUUUAUUUUGAAGGCUUGUAAGAGAUAUGCUAUGCAUUAUGGGAUAGAAAAGUCCGGUUGUAAACAAAGGAAGCUCUGACGAACAUAAUUCCCGCGUCUUACACUUUUCCUGGAAGUUUCAGUUGUUUAGCGCAUUAAAGUCAUUGUUUAAGUGUCUUAGAUUUAUUUUCUACAGCUAAAGUUCGUUGUUGUGUACAUUUACAUCAACAGUAGCAUCUGUGUUCAUGCUAAUCUAAGGGACGUUUUAUGCUAACGUGCGGACACAUUAGCAUACAGAUAAUGUACUUACUUCUUUUUCAUGCUAAUGAAGACACGUUUCUCUUGUCUGUUUCUGUACGUUGCUGUUUCACUCAAACAUUUUCACCUGUUGAGCAUUAAAGCUGUAAAUAAAGAAGCAA